AUGUUUACACUUAGACAGUUAGAAAUAGAAGAUCAUGAUAGAGGAUUUAUAGACUGUAUCAAUGAAUUAACAAAGCCUUCAGAGAUCAGUAAAGAGAAAUUUAUUAAUAGAUUUAAUUUAAUAAAAGAGAAGAAAGAUUACUAUGUUGUAGUAGCUGUAGAAGAUAUUACAGGAAAAAUUUUGGGCAGUGGAACAAUCUUUUUAGAAUAUAAAUUUAUAAGAGGUUGUGCCAUAAAGGGUCACAUUGAAGAUAUUGUUGUUCUAGAGGAAAAAAGAGGACUAGGAAUAGGAAAAAAAAUUGUAGAACAUUUAAUCGAAUAUGGUAAAAAUAAUAAUUGCUAUAAAAUAGCACUUGUUUGUGAUCCUAAAAAUACAAAUUUUUACAUUAAAUGUGGAUUCCAAGAAAAAGAACGAGAAAUGGUUAUUUACACUUAA